AUGGGUAUUCUAUGCUGCAGACCCAGGAGGGGUGACGAUGAGGAAUCCCAGCCUUUGCUGAAAGAAGGUGGGCAGCACAUCGGUAAUCAAACACUGGACGAGGAUGAGCGAAGGGGUAGUGUUUUUGUCGGUUCCGGUUAUGAUGAACACUCUGUAUUGCUGGUCAUCCUAGAGCGGACAGCCAAUGAGUUGAUCGACAUCAACAGAGUAACACUCGGCUCGCAGCUGUGCAAACGUGACUACAUGGAAAGAGAGAACCACUACCGUGGUUUGAGGGAGCUGCAGAUCAUAUCGCAGCCAUUGGUCCACGAUAUUACACACACAUACACACACACCCCGACACCCAUGACAUUACACACACACACACACACACCGACACACACCGACACACACACACGAUAA